AUGUCGGCGAGCUGGGUUGACGAACCAAGCAGCUUGCUGGGCAUCUUCGAAGUGGUGUUUGUCCUGAAGCGGCAUCCUAAUGGGUCGGAACUCCAGACACUGGUCUAUGUUAGCACGCGAAUCCUGUAUAACAUUUACUUUCAUCCCCUAGCAGCUUUUCCGGGUCCCUUGCUGGCUCGCGCGUCAAUGGCAUGGAGGAUCUACCAUUCCAUGGGUGGUCGUUUUCACCGAGCAAUUGACGAACAACACCGCCGAUAUGGUCCCGUUUUCCGGGUAUCGCCGAAUGAGCUGUCUUUUGCCAGCGUCGCAUCUUGGAAAGACAUCUACGGUCAUCGUGCCACCGGGAAACCUCCCUUGAUUAAGAGCAAGUUCUACGAGAUCUACGGCGCAGGCUUUGGCUCCCUGUGCAUCGGAAGUGAGCGCGACCCGGAAAAGCACACGCGAAUGAAAAAGUCUCUCUCGCCUGCGUUUUCUCUCCGUUCUCUGGGAGACCAAGAGGUCAUUGUUAGCCAAUGCGUCGAUCGUUUUGUAUCCCGGAUGGGUGAGCCUGAGCUAAAUGCCGGGGGGUUGAACAUGACCAAGUGGUACGAAAUGGUGGCAUUCGAUAUCCUCGGAGAACUUGCCUUUGGCGAAUCCUUCCACUCUAUCGAAGACGGAAAACCCCACUUUUGGUCCUCAUUGAUUGAAGAUCAUUUGUAUUUUAUUACUGUGGCAGACAACUUCCGACAUUUCCCCGUUGUUGCUCUGAUAGCCAAGCUGCUCUCGCCGUUUCUGGACAGCAUCCGCAAAAAGCAUACUGGAUACACAAGAAACAAGGUGGCUCAGCGCAUUCGUUCAUCCUCCCCCCGCAAGGACUUCAUGGCCAACCUCAUUGGCAAGGUAGAGUCCAACGAGAUGAGCCGGGAAGAGCUCACUGCCCACGCGUCUACCCUAGUGAUCGCUGGUGGAGAGACAGUAGCCACCUUCCUUGCCGCAACAACAUUUUAUCUCCUUCGCGACGACGCCGUGUACCAGAAAUUGAAAGCAGAGAUCCGCGGCCAGUUCAACACCUACGAGGAGAUUACCUGCGCCACGGCGCAGAAUCUGCCUUACCUGCAAGCUGUCAUCAGCGAGGGACUUCGUAUCUACCCUCCAGGCUCCCAAGGCUUCCCUCGGAUAUCUCCCGGGGCCUCGAUCGAUGGGAUCUGGAUCCCCGCCGGUGCCGAGGUCUACACAAGUGCGUGGACAGUGACCCACGAUGAAGCUAACUUCCAUGACCCCCACACCUUCAAACCCGAGCGGUGGAUCGACCCAGACUGUGCCGAUAUCAAGGAGGCCAGUCAGCCGUUUUCCCUUGGCCCUCGAGCCUGUCUAGGGCGAAACGUGGCUUAUAUGGAGAUCAAUCUCAUUCUCGCCCGACUGAUUUGGACGUACGAUAUGGAGUUGGUCAACAAGUCAAUGGAUUGGGAGUCGGAGAGUUCUCUACAUGUUAUGUGGUCGAAGCCAGAGCUAAAGGUUCGUUUCCGCCAGGCGAGGCCAUAG